AUGUGGAGAGAGCAGAGUACAACGGAUUCUCAGAUAUCCAACAAAAAAGGUACAAUGACGGGAUUUCUUGAUAGUCAUAUCGGUGACGCUGAACUGAACUCGUUAUCACUGUGUAAACAAAAUAAUAAUUUAGGCAUCUGUGACUUCCCAUCAAUUUAUUCAUUAUGCAGUCGAUCACUUGCAAGGACAGCACCGAAGGUAUUCGAGCGCUUUUUGAACGUCGGCCUUGACUUUAAGGUCGUGUUUGCAUGCCUCAUGGGGAAGAAGAAUAAUUUCAGUUAUUCACGAAAUCGAAAGAAGUUGGGCAGGAAGGAAAAAGCCAAACUGAAAAUAAGAAAUCCAGUAGUUGAUUCCGCAUGGAAGCAUGGAUUAUCUGUCAAGUCGAAUUUCAAUCGUUUGGGUUUAGCUUACGAUGCAAAUGAAGUAGUCGGAAUGCCUUGGAAUCAGGAUUCAACAGUUCGUGUUGCUACUGCUGCCGACGAUGAUGACGAUGCCCAGUUUCACAAGGAUACAACUGUUGUCAAAAUGUUAGAAGAGUUGUCUAAACACAGAAAACAGAAACCUGUAUUUGUAUCAGAAGACGAUCAAUUAUUUUGUAUAUAUAAUUUAGAAAUGUAUGCAGAAGAUGACUACCUGUCUAUGAGUCGAGAUCCGAAAAAUGUCUACCAGUUAACCCCAAAACAGAUUGAACGUUUAAUCAAUAAGUUUAAACAAACCGCUGGCUAUCAAAAGUAUCUUAAGGAUAAAAAGUCUGGCGAUCUUAUUAUUGAACAUUUAUUCAAUGAAGAACUGGUGUAA